AUGCAGAACACUCUUCGGGAAGUAAGACGACUUGGUAAAUUUCUUGGCGUAGAGGACACGGGCGGUCUUUUUGAAGCCAUAAGUGAAAAAUGUCAGUUUGAAAAUAUGGCAAAAGAUAAACAGAAGUAUCUAUUUCCACAAGAUCCAAUAGAGGGUUUCACAUUCUAUAGGAAAGGAGACGUUGGGGACUGGAAAAACUGGUUUACAAUCGCUCAGAACGAAUAUUUUGACAAGAUUUACAGAGAUAUGAUGGAAUCGUCGAAGCAUAAUUUCAGAUAUCAGAUAUAAGAAUGUUUGAAAUCAUGUUGUAUUGUGACAAAAUGGGAAACAUGUGAUGAAAUUGUGAAAUUGCAGCAGAUUUGUGAAAUUCUGCCAUGAUAAACAGAUGGACAGAUUUGAAGCAGGAGAUCUGAACCACACAUGAUUUAAUACAUUCCGAAAAGACCAAUUAGACAUCAAAAAGGAGAUAAAAAAUCAAUAUGGUGUUAUCUUAUGAUGACGUAUUAAAGUCGAAACUAGUA